AUGCCAUCCACAAAGCAGCAACGUGCCCGCCGUCAGACCGCGCCAUCGGGCCCGCCGCGGAAGCCAACUGCCAGCGAAACACAGCCUCGCCUCGAGUCGACUCAGGAACAGCCGUCCAACCUUCUGCAAUGGAGUAUUCCCAGCUGGAAUAAUGAAUUAGAUUUCUCUCAAUGGCUCAAUGGUGUCAAGGAUGACCUGGUUGAAGAGAGUUAUGACCAAUACCAGAACUGCCUCGAUGAGCUCCAACAAUCAAAAGAACACAUUGAUGAGAUAUUAAUGAGCACUUUGACUCUCCUUGACGACCUAUCUAGCCUAUCCGAGUCCUUCAGAUCCGUCGAGUCGCAGACGUCCAACUUCGAGAAACAAUGCGAGGGGCUAUUAUCUGCCCAGGAGCGCGACACAAAGCUUGCAAAUGGUAUUCAAAAUAAUCUUCAUUAUUAUGACUUUUUGGAUCCUGCGUCUCGGCGAUUGAAUGCUCCCAGUGCUGGAAAUACUGUUCGCGACAGAGAGUUCUCGGACAUGCUUAGGCGUCUUGAUGUAUGCUUAGAUUACAUGGAAACCCACCCCGAACAAAAAGAAGCGGAAGUUUACCGGUCCAGAUACCGUCUUCUCCUCACCCGUGCAUUGACCCUUAUCCGUGGCAAUUUCGUGGCUGCUCUGAAAGAUAUCUACCAAAAUGUGUCGAAGAAGGUCUCUGAUCAAAACCUAAAUGAUACCGCUCUGUCGGCACUUCUGUACGCCAAAUUUAGGGUUGGAGCUCCGGAGCUAAAGCAGAUUGGACUUGAGAUCCAAAAGAGAGCUGUCCCGCCCCUGAACCCGGAGCAGAAUAGCGAGGCCGAAUACCAAAGUCUGAUGAACGAAUUGCAUAGCAAUUACUCGGCCACUCGAGCACGCCUCAUUAUUCCACUUGUUCGCAAGAAGCUCAUCGAGAUCACACAAACCCCUAGUUCAUCAAAAGACUUGGUAUCAUUUGCUCGUGCAAGUAUCGGCUACAUUCGCGGUGUGUGUUUGGAUGAAUACGACUUAUGGGGUGAGUGGUUCCAUGGCCAAGGUGGAUUGUACGAUUUUCUCGAAACCAUCUGCGAGCCUCUCUAUGACCACCUUCGUCCCCGAAUCAUCCAUGAGGGUGAUAUUGUCAACCUCUGCCAGCUAUGCACCAUGCUUCAAACUCGAUACUUCCUGGACCCAGAAGAAGAGCCCGAGCAACCUGAUAUAAACCAACUUGACUUCUCUAAUUUGAUCCAGCCGGCUUUGCAGGAUGUCCAAUCCCGGUUGGUAUUCCGAGCCCAGGCUGUUCUUCGCGAUGGAAUUGAAAGAUACAAGGCUCGUCCGGAAGACAUUGAUUACCCAAUGCACAGCCGAAGUGUGUCAUUGACCGUGACCGACACUCAAAUCUCUGGGGAAAAGGACACUACUGCCGCUACUAUGAUCGACAUGACAAAACGCACAGAAGGUGAUGAGACUGCCCUAGACAAGGACGGGAAAUGGGACUUUGAAACCCAGACAGCACUUAAAGGAUGGUAUCCCACCUUGCGAAAAGCGAUUUGGCUUCUCAGUCGAAUCUAUCGCCUUGUAAAUUCAACCGUGUUCGAUGACCUAGCACAUAACAUUGUCCACCAAACAACUAUAUCCCUUCACAACGCCAGCAAUUUAAUCUCCAACAAAGCCACCCCUUCAGACGGCCAAUUAUUCCUAAUGAGCCACCUUCUCAUCUUGAAACAACAAAUCGUCGCCUUCGAUAUUGAGUACGUCGCUCCGGAAGUCACCUUCGACUUUUCCGGCGUGACAAACACCUUCUGGGAACUUCGCGAACGAGGUGGACUGUUCAACCCACGGAACCUGAUGCGUUUGGUCGGCCACGGCCUCAUCCCCCGCGUUGUGGAAAACAUGCUUGACGCCAAAGUCGAACUCGAUGGUCGUCUCCGCACUGUCAUCAACGAUUUCAUCAAUGCCUUCGCCGCCCGGAUGACGGCAUCGCUUCCUGCGAAGUUUGUUGAUACUCGCAAUCUCCAGCGCGGGGAACUCAUUCAUCCUACUUGCCAUACUAUUGAGAAAGAGGUCCCUGCUUUAAGAAAGUGUCUGAAUGAGUAUAUUGAUGACACUCGCAUGAAGGAGACUCUCGUUGGCGCUGUGCAGGAUCGCACUAUUCAGAUUUACGAGGACUUUUUGGAGAAGUAUACUUCUUCAGAUAAAAACAAGGGUCUGGCUUUUAAGAAGGGGAAGGGGCUUGAUGAUGCGGUUUGGGAUGUUGAGACCUUUGCUGAAUGGUGCGAAGGUGUUUUCAGGGUUGGGGUUGCGGGUCUGCAGGCUGAAGAAGUCGAGGAUAACGAUGAUCUGUCGAGCACAACCUCAUAG